AUGAAUUCGCCGCCAAAACGCCGAAAAAGCAGAGACGUCUCAGGCGGCGACGCUAGCGCGUUGCAGUCUGCUGCUUCUAGUACUACAAAACCUUCACGCCGACCCUCUUUCCAGUCACCAACGCGGUCCAGUCUAGCCAAAUCACACCCGGAAGUCCUCGAGCGGGCACUCAGCAGAUCUCCAAGUCGACGACCGGAAAGUCAAGGAAGCCGAGGAGAAAAUCCAGACUCAAGUUCAAUCGGGCUUCGAGGUCGCAAAGCCCUGCGACCGUCACUGAGCGGCACCUCCAGUCCUCUGAAAGCGCCGCAAAUGUCUGGGAAUGCGCCCAUUCUGUCGCCUACCAGACGUCCUAGUGGUGUUCAAUCAUUCACAAAACCACCCCGCAGGCUAUCGAGGAAGAUUGUGCCCAGCGACUUUUUCUUUGGGUCGCCUACCAGGAAGCCAACCCAGCUGACAGAGGAUGUUUCCAACACUCCGGAAGGUCAAUUGGCUUUGGAGCUAGGAAGCGCAACACGUGAAACCGCCAUGGACGAUCCUGGAGACGCAGAUUUGGGUGGUGGAUUCAUGGACAACGAUGAUCUAGAACCAGAACUUCCCCCCACCCCCACACAACUGGGGUUAGAAAAGGCACCAGAUCGCGGAAGAGGGCUACUAAGCAGUAGCCCCAGUACAAGACACGAAAAAAGAAUGAAACGAAAAGCAACCGACUCUGUUCCAGGAAGUCCCUUGAAAGCAUUGAGGUUCCCAACUCGAGAUCCCGAUGAUGCACCAGGCUCAGAUACUAGCUCGGUUGAGGAUGGAUUAUCCCCGGCUGCUCUAGAGAAGCGUAAACUACGCAAAAGCCUCAAAGCAGAGUUGCAGCGCUUGAAAGACGAUGUUGCAGAUCUGACGGAAUGGACGGGUAAAAUGGAGUCUGAUGUGAAUCUUGCGGAUUCUAAGGGUCUCGAUCAUUUCUUAAGCUUGCUCUCCGAGGAAUCAUCAUACAUAAACCGCCCUGUUCCACAACGAGCUCCAGUGCCACUCUCAUCACUUCUUUCCACUCUGCUCCCAUUUUCUAAUAACAUCCCCUGUCCAGCCCGUCCAGCAUCACCUUUACCUACAAACCCAUUCGCCUUGAAAGAAUUCUCACAGUCACUGUCAUACCUCACUGUGUUUGCUCCCCUAGAUCUCCAUACGAAGACCAGCUAUACAACUCUUUCAAAAACAAGUACCAUCCUCGAGACACAUACAUUGACCUUCACUCCUCCACCUCCAUUCCCAUCUUCUCUAUACAAUAUCUCCGUUAUUUACGAGACAGAUCCGGAGACACAAUCCAUCACCUCCGUCUCAGUACCCACGGGCAGCGACAGCAAAAAAAGAAAAGUACCUACCGUCCUCCGUCGAUGGAUCGACGCUCGUCUUGCCAACUCCCUUCUGAAACUCGACGUGGCAACACUAUGUUGGGGUAUAAACCGGUACUGGGAAGCUUCGGUGGCUCGCGCCCGUCUAUGGACACGCAUCGAUCACAAGCACGGCAGUGGUGCAGGGAAGGGAAAGCUCCCCGAGUUUCAAACUGGAGUCAUUUUGGCUUCAGAGCUUCGACAAUUGAUCCCACAUCUGGAGCGUAGCUCAAUGAUUAUCACAUCCCGAUCUUCGGGAGCCGAGCCUCGAGUUCUCUUGUCCAAUGCUCUGGUUAUUGAUGAUUGGACUGGAGAGCCACAGCUCCGGCCGGAGCUCAGUGUUUCGACCUCUGGCUAUGGAGGAGCCAGCAAGAAGAUCGAUCAAGGAACCAAGAAGCUUUUCCAUGCGCUUUUGAAGGAGGAUAGUUUCGCUUCUACACAGGGCAGCAUGGAAGGUGUGCACUACGAUGCGGUUGUCCGAGCUACAGAAGGUGCCCUUGGCGCUUUGUUUGGUCGUGAUUGA